AUGACCCGUUAUGUGUGUAGCCUCCUAUUGCCGUUGCUGUUGCUGCUGCUGCCCCUGGGGGCUGGGCCUGCCCUGGGCAGGGCCCUUACCAAGACUCUGGAGGACUCAGAACCACCCCUGAUCCCAGGAGCUCACCCCAAGGGCCCCGUGGGCACAAAGCCGCAGGCCCUCGAUGUCCUCUGGGACAGUCCCAGGGAUGAGCACUCUUGGAACUCUGGUGUGCUCCAGGCCCGCGCCAAAGAGAUGCCUGAGAGGCCUGCAGAUGCUCCCCUUGGCCCAGCCCUGCAUGGGCCCAAAGCAACCCACGGGGCUCAGAAAGAAGGACUCCCAGUCACUGAUGACCUCCAGACGGCUCGAGGGCCAAGCUCCCAGGGAUGGACAGGAUAUGCUGACCCUCAGGAACCUCUGGAGAAGGAAGCACUAGCCCCCCGUCCAAUGGGGCUUCCCCAUCUGAUUUUCAUUCCUACAACUCCCAGACUUCAACUCAGGGUAGCCACAAUUCCACCCUCCCCAGGGGAUCCUGGGAGCCAGGCAGGGCAGCCACCACCUAGAGACGAGGGUCUGACAGCCGAGGCCAAGAUCAGGGAUCUAGAGUCUCUCCCCUUGGACCAUCAGGACCCUCCCCCGACUCUUGGGCCCCACUGGGGCACUGUCAGGAGGCCAGUGCUGACAGAACAGGGUGGAGAUGAGGAGGAAGACUUCCAGGAGGCAGCUGGAGGCCCCCUCUUCACCCAGCAGGAUUCAGCAGCCCCUGAUGUUGGCUCAGUGUUCCCUGUUGAGGGGGCACCCUCUCAGGAUCCUCAGGCCCACCCAGACCUAGCAUUGACCAGAAGCCUUCCUCCUGCUGAGGAGUUGCCAGUGGAGCCCCCCCAAAAGGCUGGAGCUGGGAACAACCAGGAAGUCACCUUCCCAGCCCCCUUGCCCAAGCAGACUGACCUCCCUGAUGCUAAGGGUUUACCAGGAUCCCAGAGCUCAGGACCCCCAGCUUCAGAGGCUCCUGAUGGACAGCCCAAGCCAGAGAUAUCAGCAACGAAUGGAGCAGACCCCAUCUCCCCCCAGCGGGUGAGAGGGGCAGUAGAGACCCCGGGCACUCCCGAGUCCCCUAUCCCUGUCCCCUCGGACCUUGGCCCAGCUACAAACCAAACAGAGAGCCCUGUGGGAGCCCUACAGCCAGAUGAAACUGAGGAAUGGCCGAGGCGCCCCCAAAGCCAUCCCCCAGCACCCCCAGUCCAGGCUCCCUCUACCUCCCGCCGGGGCCUCAUUCGGGUAACCACUCAGCGAGCCCUGGCUCAGCCGCCCCCUCCAGAGCCCUCAGCCAGCUCCAUGGUGUCAGCUCCAGCCUCCAGUCCACCAGCCAACGUCACCGCACCCCCGUUGCGCUGGGGUCCCCUACGUCGGGUGUUGAGCUUUUCCUGGGAGUUGCACGUCUAUGGAGUGGGGGCACUUUUCCUGCUGCCAGCGUUGUUGGCACUGGCCACGCUGGCAGCUGCCCCAGCAGGACCCCGACUGGCACUGGUGGCAGCGGUGCUGGUGCUAAUGGCAUCGGGUCUCCGAUCAGCCUACAUGCUCACAGAUCCCUACGGCUCCCAGGCGCGGCUAGGUGUACGUGCCGGUCUAAUGCUCUACAACCUGCCCUUCCCCUUGCUGCUCACGGCGCUGGCAGCCUUAACCCUGCUCGGCCUGGGAGCUGGGUUACCACCGCCACUGCAAAACCCACUCCUGCUGGGAGCGUUGGCGUUGGCGCACGGUGUAGGGCUGCUUGCUGCAGACCUCCUGUCGGCGAUGCCGGCGCUCAACCUCCUGGUACAGGGCUUAUCGUGCGCCUGGGGCGCAGCUGUGGCACUGGGAACUCUCUGUCUUUGCCGACGCCGCCUCCUGGAUGGGCCGCGGGGCUGGGACUCUAGCCCGGGACCACGACUGCUGGCUGUGGCUGGUGCGCUGGGGCUACUGGCCAGUGGCUUGCAGCUGGCGGCCGCGUUGUGGCUGUACCCGGGCCCAGGCCGUGUUGGCCGCUUCUCGUGGGCCUGGUGGGGCGUCCACUUCUGGCUGCGCCUGCUGGAGCUGACGUGGGCGCUGGUCCUGGCGCUGGCCGCUGUGGCUGCCGCGCGUCCCAGGCCGCCCACGGAGCAUGCUUGCUGGGCCAAGCUGCUGCGCCUGGCGUGCCCUGCGCCGUCAGGCAAGAGCGAGGUGCCCGAGCGACCCAAUAACUGCUACGCAGCUGCAGGGCCCAGCGGCGUUGGCACAGGCAGCUUGAACAUCAGCAAGAGCCUCAUCCGAAACCCUGCGGAAGGUGGACUGCCUACCACGCCCAGUUCUGGCGCCUGGGGCUCUGCUGCGUCGCUAGGCCGCUGUCCCCAGGGUGGCCCGGGACUGUCCCGCAGCAGCGUGGGGCAGGCGCCGUCGUUGAGCGAGCUGGACCUCCGGCCACCAUCGCCCAUCAACUUAAGCCGAAGCAUCGACGCAGCGCUCUUCCGAGAGCACUUGGUGCGAGACAGCGUAUUCCGGCGCUGCGGCCUCCGUGGCCUGCUCUCCCCGCCGCCUGGGGGCGCUAUGCGGCCCCGCCGGGGCAGCCAUCCGGACGCAGAGCUGGAUGGCAUGGGCUCUUCGCUCCUCCGCGGCCGCUGCCGGUCGCUCAGCGACGUGCGCAUGCGUGGGCCGGUCCCACAACAUGUUGUGGACGAGGCUGACCGUGCAGCCGCCCGGGCUGCUUCAGGCAGCUCCCUAGAUAGCUUCUCCAGGGGCUCACUUAAGAUCAGCUGGAACCCAUGGCGCCAUGGGCUGUCGUCAGUGGACAGCCUGCCACUAGAUGAGCUGCCCAGUACGGUACAGCUACUGCCCGCCCCGUCCUCUGCCCCUGUCCCAACUCGGCCUGGCGAGCCCCAAGGAGAAGUCCAGACACGCUCCAAGCCUGGGGACUCCCGAAGCGCCUCCAGUGAUACCAUUGAGCUCUAA